AUGUCUGAACGAAAAGCCUUGACUGACUCCAGAAAACGGCUGCCUAGGUCUUCGAUUGAUUCUUUGGCAUCAUUGUCCAGAAGCACAUCAUCAGGCAGGAAGUCCCGGAGCCAGACGCGAUUGCUGCUGGGUGACUUCCAGGAACCGAUUGCAUGGCUCCCAAGCCCGGGGACAGCGAUUACACUGGAUUUUAAGGAGCAUGUUUCUUUCAAGUACGCAUUGAAGCUCGCUUUCCAAAGCCUUCUUCGUCUUCUCGAUUGGAAUCUGUUCGAUACGCAAUGUAUAAAGCCUCUUGCUCACUCGAUACAGAUGGCCGCUUCCAAGCAAAUUCGAGUGACUGAGCCACCAUUUCCUGUUACAGAUCAGCUGAGCGCAGAUUUAGACGCCGGCUGUCUUACCAAACAAUACCUGCAGAGCUAUCCGUUGGUACAACUCCAGGACCAAUGUGGGUUGUUGGACUUUCUCGAGAGGGAGUACUGCUCAACCGAAUUAGACCAGGUGGCUGAUAAACUCUGGUGGAUGUCAAAGCAAGACUGCGGAAAUAUCUCCCCCCUUCAUCGGCAAUAUGUAAAGGGGCGAACUAUCACUGUGACCGAGGACCCCAAAUUACACCUUGUAUGGAUACAUAAUCGAAUCUUCAUGAAACCUCUCCCUCGAUAUAUCACAUCACACGUUUUUUGGCGAGAUUAUCUUCGCGAUGAUGUGAAAGGCCUAGCUCGAGAUCGUUAUAGACGUGUUCGCCGGGCAGCUCUAGGCUUCCUCAGGACAUACCUAUACCUUGUGAGGUCAGAAUCCGAUUUCUAUAUUGCACAAGAACCCAGUUUGCACCUUAUUGCAAAAGACGUCACGUGGGAACAGUUUUGCAACUUUGCAAGGCACCUUACGAAGAUAUCUAACAAAGAUGUUUCCGGCCGCUACGCUUACGGCGAGAUCAGACUGACGAGACUGAAUUUCUACGCACCGCUGCUUUUAAGGAAGUGGAAUUUCCAACGCGUGCAAUACCAGUACGGGGAAUAUUUUGCUCGUUUCUAUGGUCCGAUAUUAUUUGUAGCCGGAACUGUCUCGAUCUUGCUUAGUGGUCUACAGGUUACCAUUGCAAUUCAGGGAAUGGAACCUGCAUUGUACGAUCGUGCGUCACUUGCUGUCACUUUCUGGUUCAGUGCAGUAGUAAUGCUCUGCUUCUGCAGUAUUCUUGUGGUACUGUUCUUUACCUUGGUCUAUAAAGUUGUGAAGGAGUGGAACUAUGCUAUUCGGGACCGCCUAAGGCUCCUUGAGGAAGGACGAACCGAAUCCUCCAAAUGA